AUGUUAACUGAGGAAAAAGACUUUGUACGACUGGACUUGGAACAGUUUCAAGUGCUACUAGAAUUGGUCACGCCAUUAAUUCAGAAAAAAAAUACAAUUAUGAGGGAAGCAAUACCACCUUCUCAACGGCUUUCAAUAACAUUACGGUAUUUAGCUACUGGGAAUACUCUAGAAGAUUUAAAGUUUCAUAGUGCUAUUUCCCCACAAAGUCUUUCCUUAAUAAUUAUGGAAACCUGCGAAGCCAUAAUACAUGUUUUGAAGAAAUUAAUCAAGCUACCACAAACUGCUGAGGAAUGGAAAAAAGUUGCCAGGGAUUUUGAGAGUCAGUGGAAUGCUCCUCAUGUAAUCGGUGCUAUAGAUGGCAAACACGUGGAAAUAAAGAAACCUCCUGGUUCUGGAUCAUACUACUAUAACUACAAAAAAACAUUCAGUAUUGUGUUGAUGGCGGUUGUAAAUGCUAACUACGAGUUCAUUAUGGUUGAUGUAGAGACUAAUGGACGUGUAUCAGAUGGAGGUGUGCUGCAGAAUACAAUAUUUGGACAACAAUUAAAAAAUAAUGCUUUAAAUAUCCCACCACCUGCAUUGUUGCCUGGAAGUUCCCGAAAGCUCCCAUACUUUUUUGUUGGGGAUGAUGCCUUUCCAAUGUCUCAAAAUUUACUGAAACCGUAUAGCCAAACUGGAUUAACAAAAGAGAAUAGAAUAUAUAACUAUCGGAUAUCGCGUGCCAGAAGGAUUGUUGAAAGUGUUUUUGGUAUACUAGCUACUCGUUUUGGAGUAUUUCAAAGAGCAUUUCCUUUUGAUCCUACAAAAAUAAGGAAAAUUGUUUUGGCUUGUUGUUAUCUACACAAUUUUUUGAGGAAAUCCCGUUCCUACUUAUCUCCAUCAUUCAUGUUUCGUGAAGAUACAAAGUCAGGAAUAAUACACCCACCAUCAAAGGAAGUAUUUCAGUUGACAGAAUUGGAAAAGAUCAAUAAAAAAAAAUCACUGAAUAUCGCAAAACAAGCACGGGACGAAUACAAUGGAUUUUGUAACAACGAAGGUGCAGUUCCCUGGCAAGAGAAAAUGGUUUCGUAA